GACACCUCUCUCUCUGUCUCUCUCUCGCUCUCUUAUCUAUUUUCGUAGUCUCUCAGUCUACCAUUGAAGACGCGAUUGCUUUGCAUCUUGCUUUUGCGCUCUCUGACUCCAUUACCGCCGGCCCGGUGAUCCUCACGGCUCCGUCAAGUUCUCACCGAGUCAUACGAUUGAUGUAACAGUUUAGAGUUGAUCUAAAAAAAGCCAUUGCUUUCAAGUUCUUGCUGGGCUUUGAAGCAAAAAAGAUUGGUGGUUUUUCGAUCGAAGACGGGUGAAAAAUGUUGUCCUGGAGAUGGAUAUUUGUAGCUAUAGUUAUAGUUAUAGUUGGAAUACGGCAAUCUAACCCCUCCUCUGGGGAGGUUGAAGCUCACCCCCAUCGGAUUCUUUUGGAUACAGAUGUUGAUACUGAUGACUUCUUCGCUCUCUUGUACCUCUUGAAGCUUAACAGAUCAGAAUUCGAUUUGCAGGCAGUGACUAUCAACACAAAUGCAUGGACCAACGCGGGGCAUGCUGUGAAUCAAAUAUAUGACAUUCUUUACAUGAUGGGUCGUGAUGGCAUUGCUGUUGGGGUGGGAGGUGAGGGUGGAAUACUUGAAGAUGGUACCAUACUGCCAAAUGUUGGUGGAUAUCUCCCAAUAAUUGAACAGGGGAUUGGUACAGCUGGCUAUUGUAGAUAUAGGCAAGCUAUUCCGGUAGGUCUUGGGGGACGAUUAGAUAUCGACACGAACUUUGGCUUCCGAAAAAGCUUCCUCCCACAGGGAAAUAGGAGAUAUUCUCCUUUUCGACAGCCCACUGCUCAGCAAGUAAUGAUCGACAAAAUAUCUGCUGGUCCCAUAACUUUAAUUCUCAUUGGAGCUCAUACAAAUUUUGCCAUAUUUCUUCUAAAUAAUCCACGGUUGAAAAAGAACGUUAAGCAUAUUUACAUCAUGGGUGGUGGUGUGAGGUCAAAGAACCCAACUGGUUGCUGCCCGAAAAAUGCCACCACCUCAUCUUGCCAGCCACGACAGUGUGGCGAUCGUGGUAAUUUGUUCACAGACUACACUAGUAAUCCUUAUGCAGAGUUCAAUAUCUUUGGAGAUCCUUUUGCUGCAUACCAGGUUAUCCAUUCUGGGAUUCCAGUUACCCUUGUUCCCUUGGAUGCAACAAACACCAUCCCCAUUUCUCAAAACUUUUUCGAGGUACUUGAACAGAAUCAGCAUACUUACGAAGCUCAAUAUUGUUUCAAGUCUUUGAAAAUGGCUCGUGAUACUUGGUUUGAUGAUCAGUUCUAUACGAGUUAUUUUAUGUGGGACUCAUUCACAGCAGGUGUAGCUGCUUCAAUCAUGAGGAAGCCACACAACCAUGCUGGGGAAAAUGAAUUUGCUGAAAUGGAGUACAUGAAUAUAACUGUAGUUACUUCAAACGAACCUUAUGGGAUAUUCGAUGGCUCAAAUCCAUUAUUCAAUGGCCUCAAAACGCCCAAGUUCAAAUUGAAAAAAGAUGGAGUACAUAGUGGUCAUGUUCAGACUGGACUUCAAGAUCCAUUUUGCAUUGUCAAGAAUGGAAAAGGGAAAUGUAAGGAUGGUUAUACGAUGGAAGUUACUGGUCCAGAAGCAGUGAGGGUGCUUGUUGCUACAAGAGCAAAACCUAGUCAGGACAAUAGAAGCUCACUAAGCAGAGCAUUUUUCAAAAGCUUCUUGGAUGUCCUAAACCGCCCUCAACAUAGUGGAAGGUUCAAUUUUACGACACAAUUCCCUUAUUACAAACAAGUUUUCUACAAACAAGAUUUUGGAGGGAAGAAUCUUGGGAAAAAUGUUGUGUUUGACAUGGAUAUGAGCGCGGGAGAUUUUCUAGCUCUUUUCUACCUUCUCAAAUUACCUGUGGAAGUGGCCAAUCUCAAGGCAAUUCUAGUAAGUCCAACUGGCUGGGCAAAUGCAGCAACUAUUGAUGUCAUCUAUGACUUACUGCACAUGAUGGGGCGCGAUGAUAUUCCUGUUGGCCUAGGGGAUGUAUUUGCAAUGAACCAGACUGAUCCGCUUUUAGUUGGUGUUGGAGACUGCAAGUAUAGCAAGGCUAUCCCCCAUGGAGGUGGUGGACUUUUGGACUCUGAUACUCUUUACGGGCUAGCUCGUGAUUUGCCACGAAGCCCUCGGAGGUACACAGCAGAGAAUUCUGCAAAGUUUGGAGCUCCCCGGGAUACAGAUCACCCUGAACUUAGACAACCACUAGCACUUGAAAUCUGGGACCCUCUAAUAAAAUCACUCGAUCCAGGAUCUAAGAUUACAAUACUGACAAAUGGACCCUUGACCACCUUAGCAAAGAUAAUUCUUUCACGCAAAAACAUAAGCUGUGUUAUUCAGGUCAGUGGCUUUGUGUACUCUGGCAAUCUUGUGAAUAUAGAAUCAUUGGAGUAAAUGGUUUUGAAGAUUAUGAUAGUUCAUGCAAUUUCCUAAGUCCCAAGAGGGCGCUCGAUAUUCACAGGUUUACUUGAAAAACCAAAACUCUAAAAUAACUUUCUAAGUACCAAAAGGUGUACAUAGAAAGCCUCCAUGCAAUGACAUAUUUCAAAAACCAUUUUCAAAAACUAAAACCCGCAAGUUUCAAAAACAUUGUAACACAGUCACACGACUCAUGAACGGAUUACAUUUGUUUGAAAUCUGAUGCAGGAGGUAGUUAUAGUUGGAGGACACAUCAACUACAAUAAUAAAGAAAAAGGAAAUGUCCUCAAUGUUCCUUCAAAUGAGUAUGCAGAGCUCAACAUGUUUCUUGAUCCGUUGGCUGCAAAGACAGUAUUGGAAUCAGAACUCAAAGUUACACUUAUUCCACUGGGAAUCCAACGUAAAGUCUGCGAUACUCCUACGAUUCUAGCUAGAUUAUUUCAGAAGAGGAGGACACCUGAAGCUCUGUUUGCUACGCGUUUGUUGCGAACAAUGCAGCGUUUACAACGAACACAUUACAGAUAUAAACAUAUGGAUACAUUUGUUGGGGAAAUUCUUGGUGCAGUAAUCUUGGCUGAUGAUCUGAAAUCGACAUUUGAAAUCAAACACAUUAAAGUCUCUUCCACAGGUGAUGAAUCCGAAGAUGGACAAGUGAUUAUCGACAACAUUCGUGGAAAACCAGUAAAAAUUUUGCAACAUAUUGACCCUAUGGCAUACUAUGAUCUGUUUGCAAAUCAACUUGGUGAUAAACAGCAGUCAGCUGUAGUUGGAAGCUUUGAUGAGCAAAGAAGAAUUUGGAGUACACCAAAUAACAUAUAAGAAAGACCAGGCUUGACAUUUCAUCAAAGAUGGGGGUAGAAUUCUGUUUUUUUCCUUCCUUUUGUUGGGCGCUAUUAAGGGAAGUGGACGACAAAGUUCAAACCUGCGACCUUGAUGUCCAAUAGCGGGGUUGGUGGCCAUUAAACCAACUGUUAACCACUCCUUCCUUUUGUUGACAUACAGCAUGUGUCAUCUGUAUUUCUGUUGUUCUUCACAUACAUAUUGCUACUUACACACACUUAUAGAAGCCACCAAAAACUGUAUGUAUUUAGCUCAAAGGAGACAAAACAAAGAAAAUUUAAGACAGAAGGAUUUGAUCUAUAAAUGUGAAAUUGUUCCUUUCAUUGUAAAAGGAAAUU